AAGCGGUUAGAAUUGGGCACCGAUGCUGCUGUGUCUUUAAAUGGAGCAGAUCCGCCACGCUGACUGGGGCCGCGGAGGGUGACUCCGGAUGGGGGCAGAGACUCCGAGGAGCAGGUAGAGAAAGUACGGCUGUGGCUUCGCAUGGAAAGGCACAGAGAGCGGACCCGGUGAGCAGCCGAGCGCCUGCUCCAUCUAAGCACCACCGAUACUUCCUCCCUUUUAAAAAAAACCACCCCAACUACUUCCCGGAUUUGGGGUAUGAAAACAUGGCGGUAAAAGCAAGAAAGCAGCCUGCGAGGGACGCGUCAGCUCAGAUCACGGACAAGGAGAGAAGCGCGUCCGCGUCCUCAGCACCGAGCACCGGCAGGGGCAGGCGAUCGGGCAGGGAUGGCAAAGGCGGCGCUUUCGGCUGCAGCUCGCCGCACAGCAGGAACGGGCUGUUCGCCGCCGGCGCGUCCUCCCGGAGCAGGCUGGGCCUCUCACCGUCCGCGCUGCUGGCCGCAGCCGUCACCGUAGCGCUUGCUGCUGUAGCAGGCCUGGCGCACUGGUAUCAUCUUUCAUACCUGUUUGAAAAUGACAGGCACUUUUCCCACCUUUCGACACUGGAGAAGGAGAUGGCGUUUCGGACAGAGAUGGGUCUUUAUUUUUCAUACUUUAAGACCAUAAUCGAAGCACCAUCCUUUGCCACUGGACUGCAUUCGAUAAUGAACGAUCGCUUGACGGAAUACCCGCUGGUCAUAAACACGCUGAAGAGGUUCAACCUGUACCCAGAGGUGGUCUUGGCCAGCUGGUACAGAAUCUACACCAGUACAAUGAACUUCUUUGGGAUUCCCACUAAGAUGUGCUGGUCUGUGAACAGGGGAGAGGGGCUGAAUGCGGUGGACAGCUGUGAAGGUCUGGGGGACCCCGCCUACUUCUACGUCACGUUUGUGUUCCUCCUGAAUGGAGGGAUGAUGAGCCUGUUCUUUGUAUACGGGGCGUAUUUGAGCGGAAGUCACCUUGGUGGAGUCAUCACCACGCUCUGCUUUUUCUUCAACCACGGCGAGAGCACUCGCGUCAUGUGGACGCCCCCCCUCCGUGAGAGCUUCUCCUACCCCUUCCUCGUUCUGCAGAUGCUGCUGCUGACCUACAUCCUCCGGGCCCCCACGCCUGGGAAGAAGGCCUUGCUGGCACUGGGAGUCUCCAGUUUGCUCUUCAUGGUGCCCUGGCAAUUUGCCCAGUUCGUUUUACUCACUCAGAUCGCCUGCCUGUUUGCUUGCUACAUCCUGGGCUACCUUUCCCCUGCCAAGAUGCACGCACUCCUCGUCACGCACAUGGUCUCGUUGGGGGUCUGCUUCGUGGCCAUGUUCGGGAACGCGAUGCUGCUGACGUCUUUCUACGCCUCCUCGCUGGCAUCCAUCUGGGGGAUCACUGCACUGAGAGGCCGAAUCAUCAGGGCCUGCAAACCGGGGAUGAUGACCUGGCUGGUGCAAGGACUCGGCUGGGUCGUCGUCACAGUCGCCCUGAAAUUCGCCCUGUCCGCUGCAUUCGGAUCCGCGGACGAUGCUCACAUAAGCAGCCUGAUCAAGUCCAAGUUCACCAAUUACAGGGACUUCGACACCUUGAUGUACACUUGCGCCGCCGAGUUUGACUUCAUGGAAAGAGAGACCCCUCUCCGCUACACAAAGACGCUGCUGCUUCCGGUGAACGUCCUCAUCUUGGUGGCCGUCGCGGUGAAGAUGAUAAAAGAUAUUCUGCGGUCGCUGAGGCAGGAAGCCGAGCCAGUGAAAGGGCCUCAUGUGGAUUCUGAGCAAACCACACAAAGUGCCAAUGGAGAGUUGGUGUUUCACGCCCUGCAGCUCCUCGCCUUUGCCGUCUUGGCCGUCCUCAUCAUGAGGCUGAAGCUCUUCCUCACGCCCCACAUGUGCCUGAUGGCCUCGCUGAUCUGCUCGCGUCCGCUCUUCGGCUGGAUCAGAGAACGGCACAAGCAUCAGCUGGCAGCCAUCGCGGCGCUCUGCCUGAUGGCCGUGCAGGGCGUGUCCAAUCUGCAGGCGCAGUGGAGCAUCAUGGGAGAGUUCAGCAACCUGCCGCAGGAGGAACUCCUGGAGUGGAUUCAGGAGAACACCCGGCCCAGUGACGUCUUCGCAGGAGCCAUGCCCACGAUGGCCAGCGUGAAGCUGUCGGCCCACAGGCCCAUCGUGAAUCACCCACACUAUGAAGACGCUGGCCUGAGGGAGCGGACAAAGCUGGUGUACUCCAUGUACAGCCGCAUGCCACCCGAGCUGGUGAAGAAGAAGCUGAUCAAACUGCAGGUGGACUACUUUGUCCUGGAGGACUCAUGGUGUACCCGGCGCUCUAGGCCCGGCUGCAGCAUGCCCGAGAUCUGGGACGUGGAGGACCCCAAGAACCGUGGGAAGGUGCCGCUUUGCACACUGAUGUCCCGCGACCCGCGGCCUCACUUCACCGUGGUGUUCCAGAAUGACGUUUACAAAGUCCUCCGCAUCCCCAGAGGCACCAAAGAGCUGAGAUAGCCCGACUCGGGGCCACGGCAUCUACACGGCUCUCGGCUUUCACCAGGACCAGGCUGCCGGAUCUCCAGCCCUGUUCCCCCGUACCCCCAGACAGACACGUCCCCCUUCUCGGGUUAACCAGGGUCAGACUUUACCAUGACCAUCUUGCACGCUUGGGGAUGUGAAGGUGCCCCCCCCCCCCCACAGUGUUCUGUAUGGGUUUUGUCUGCAUUUUUAUGUUUUUAUGUCGCCACUUGUGGUGCCGUUUUUUUCAGAUCGUGAUCUGACAGAUUUCUGUGCUAUGCAGGUUUCUUUAGGAGCAGAUGGUGAUUGCAGUAGAGUGUUUUAUUCAGGACAAUGUUCUACACUAAGAUUGAACUGGGCAGUUUCCCAGAUUGUGAGUCAGGUCGGGUGAGGUAAUAAUGGCUUAGGACCUGCCCUCCCUCCAUGCUUCAGGCAAUCAGGAAUCACACUCGGUGUCCCAGAUGAAAGGCUCGUCCUUGGAGCACACAGUCACUGAGCUUGAAGGUUUUCGCAGAAGGAAACUCUCACCCUUUUGUGUCUCGCUUUUGUCAGUAUUAUAUUGCACGGGAUAUGCAAGUGUGGCCCAUAUGUGUUUGUAACCCUUUCUGUCUCACACGGGUUUGAAUCUGGCUUUGGCCCUUUGAAUGUUCUCCCAGCGUACGUGGGGUUCCCUCGGGGCUAGCUAACAUGCUAACGGGUUAGCCGUGCUGUUGCAAGGAGGAAAGGUUUCAAUCAUGCAAACAUUUCAAAAACGGUUAUGCAAAAUGCUCAGUGUUGCCUGCGUUCCUCAUUCGCGUUUUUCUGGUAAGCUGGGGAAGGAACCUUCACGAAGCUCAUUCCCAAAACCUCACUCUGCAGCGUUAACCAUUAGAACAUGAAAGUUUCACUAUUUUUCACUAGUGUUUCUCUUCAGCGUUAUUCGGCAAUAGUUUGACAUUUUUUGCUGCAUAUUAUGCACAGGCCAUAUUUAAUAGAUAUCUGAAGGACUGGCUUCAUUGCGCAAUAGUUCUGUUUUGUGCAAUUCACAGGUUGUCCAAGGUUCAAACCCUUUUGACACAAAAAACAACUGUAGACAGACAGCAGCUGUAAAGUCUUUGAGCUUUUAAUCUGUGAGGCUCUAUCAAGUUUGCCGGAAUGUCGAUCUGUUUGCGUUUAGGCUUAUUUAGUGAGAAGAGAAGGCAGCUGUCUCGUUCCGGUUUCUAUGGUAAUCGCUUUUCUUGAAUUUCUUGGGGGCAAAAGUGAUUGUAAGCAGCCUGUUUGCGUCUUGUGUUUUUAUUCUCCGUAGUGUUUAGUGUUUCUGUUGUCGGAGUGUGAUGUUUGUACCUCCAAAUGUCAGGGAAAAAUAUUUUGAUAAUGGAAAAGGCCUUUGAAAAGGUGAAAGGAAAGCUGUGCUGUGAAAUUGAAUUUUGGCCAAUUUUUCAAUUUAGUCUUUUAUUUUUAGAUGCAAAUGAGCUGUGAUUUCCAUCAUCCAACAGGACGUGGCCAGUUAAUUGCGGCUUAAUUAUGUAGCAACCCUUAGCUCUGAAAGUGCCCUUGUUACUUUUUGACCGUGCCAAGGUGAUGUUCUGCAAGAUUCACAUUGGGGUCUCCUGGGUCCUUGGAUCCAAGUCGAGGUGGUCAGUCGGGCAGCAGGUUGGACGGCCGUGAAUCCUGCAGUCGCUGUUGCUUCAGGACUGAUACCCUCCCUUCAUUUGUUACUGUGAUUUAAAAAAAAAAUCACCCCUUCAAUCUGCACCACGAGUCAGUGUUAAGACUAAAUCAUCAGUCUGUGACAACCUCAGGUGACCAAGCCAACACUUUGCAGAAAAUCAUUUAGCUACAAAUAGACAAAAUUACCAGAAACCAGUUGUAGCAGUAGAUUCGGGUGAGGUUGAAAUUGAUGCUAAAUGUGAGCUUUUGCCCAGACUGGUACGUGAUUUAGGAUGUUUAGGGGUGGUGGGCAGGUCUCGCCCAGAAAGAACCCCCUAUAGAUGAACUUUAUAUCCCUGUAAUUUUGAACUUUUUAGAGUUAAAAAAAAACCCAGCGGUAUUGUAGGUCUCUUUUCUAAACUGUAUUUUGUCUGUAUUUUAAAUAAAGCAUUUCUUAGAUGUG